AUGCAUGCGGGGGUUUUCGUCCCCUCAUCGGGCAACCUCGUUCCUCUUACCGUCAUCAAAGGCGCCGGACACGAGUUUAUUCCCCUUCCUCAGGGCGAGAACGCAAUCACAGCCGACUUUCACUCCAUCCGCACUAAGACCGAAUCGCCCGCGCACAUUACUUCGGGAUUCUAUAAGAUCGAAGCUGGACCUCAACGACCGGCGCACUACACCUUUGAGGAGACCAAGUAUGUGCUGAACGGCCAGAUCGAUGUUUUGGAUGAGGCUACCGGAAUCACCCAUCACCUAGUCCCAGGAGACUUUGCUUUCUUCCACGUCGGAUCCAAGGUCAAGUUCUCGACCAAGUCCAAUGGCCUUGCCUUUUACGCUGUUACUAGACCU